AUGAAUGAUAUAGUCUUCAAUUUUUCUUCUCCAGCCAAACCACCGCUACCAAUAUCGAAAGCUGUGCCAGUGGCUCUUGUAUUAUCGAGUAUUGUUGUGUUAUGUAUAUGUGGUAAUAUUCUUGUUAUAUUAGCGGUAUUUACAUUUCGUCCACUUCGUACUGUACAAAAUUUUUUCAUCGUUUCGUUAGCAUUUUCUGAUAUGUUAGUGGCUGUUCUUGUCAUGCCAUUUCAUAUCGUUACACAUAUUAUUAAACGUUGGAUAUUUGGACAAAUAUUCUGUCAAAUUUUUGCUGCAUUAGAUAUUCUGCUAUGUACUUCGUCCAUUCUAAAUCUAUGUGCUAUUGCGCUUGAUCGCUAUUGGGCAAUUAGUGAUCCGAUUAAAUAUGCUCGUCAACGUACAAUUCGUCGAGUUUUAGCUAUGAUUGUUAUCGUAUGGAUAUUAAGUGCCACCAUUUCGAUUCCACCGGUAAUUACAGCAAUAUUAGGUUCUAGUGAAUUACAAAAUUUUAAUCAAUGGCAAUGUGAAUUAUCAAAACAUAAAUUAUAUGUUUUGUAUUCGGCGUGUGGAUCGUUUUAUAUUCCGGCUAUUAUUAUGACGGCGAUGUAUGCUCAAGUAUUUUUUAAAACUCGACAACGUUUUCGUGAACGAGCGCGAGCCGCAGCUAAAUUGGCAAAUGUAACAAAAACAAUACAUAAACCAGAUUUAUGGAAUCCGAAUACAACAUCGGAUCGUGAACAACCAACUGUCAUAUCACCAUUAUCAAAAAGAUCGUCUACAAACGGUCAUGAAUUUAGUGAUGAUGUCGAUGAUUGUGCAGCAACAAUGACCUUUCGCCAUAAUAAAGAUGAAUGCUUGAAAAAAUUUACAAAAGAUUAUGAACAUGAAAUGAGAAAAGCUAAAAAACUCGAUGAUGUAUAUGAAUCACAAAGUUCAUCGUUAUUAAGUAUAAAUCCAUUUGUAGCUAAUGAGUUGAAUUUAAGUGAUAUAAGUUUCGACGGAAAAGUGAAGUCAAACGAUAUGAUGAAAACGAUACCUAAAAUAGGUGAACUCAUUUGUAUAAACCAAGUGAACAACGAGCUCUACAGUAAAUCCAGUAAUAUUGUUAUCGAUAAAAACGAAAAAGAUCUAUAUAUGCAGAAGUUUUUAACCUCAGAAUCCUUGACUACCGCGGUACAACCAUGUAAUACGCAAGAAAAUAUGUCUAAUCAAUUGCGUAAAGUUAACUCAACUCCGGCGACAAUCAUCUCAAUAUCACAAGAAUAUCACUACCAAUCGAAUAAUAACACGUCUAAUCAUGUGACUAAUUUAGAUGAAAAUGGCUGUGUACCCUAUCAACAACAUGCAGCGAGUCAAACACAAUUCAGUGCUUUAUUGAAUAAAAAUCAUAUAAACAACAAUUUGAAUAGUAUCGCUGCCACAACGACAACAACAAAAAAAGAUACAGUAAAUCGUAAAUUAUCGUUAACAAGUCAUUUUUCAAAAGAUAGUAAAAAACCUUUAUUUAAAGGUAAAAGUUUAGCAACUCUAAUGCAUGAAAGGCAAAAAAUAUCAUUAACACGUGAACGUCGUCUAAGCCGCACACUUGGCGUGAUUAUAAGUGUAUUUCUGUUGUGUUGGCUUCCAUUUUUUGUUGUUUAUAUCGUGUCGGCAUUUGUUAAUAUAACUAAAUAUAUUGAUGAAAAUGUUUUUUUACUUAUUUUAUGGCUUGGUUAUAUAAAUUCAGCCGUCAAUCCAUUAAUUUAUACAAUAUUUAAUAUUGAAUUUCGAACAGCUUUUAAACGUUUGUUAUCUAGAUCUAAGCAUAAAUCGUCUUUUUGA